AUGGAUGAAGUGUUGUACAAAGAUUUAGUAGUGUUUUUUAAGAGUAAAAGUGCUAGUAUACCCAAGAAAUAUAUAGAAACUGAAAAUCAGAAAUACUUUGAAGAUUCCUUUGUCGUUGUAAGCAAUGAAUUACAUCUACAUAAUAAAAAUAAAUACUAUUGGCCAAAUAUAAAAAAAGAUAUUGAAAACUAUGCAAAGAAUUGUGCAUACUGUAGUAGAGUUAUCAAUGGAAAGAGAAAAGAUGAAUCGAGCCCUAGUAACAGUAACGAUUCCAAGAAAUCAAAGUUAUCAUCAUCAUCAUCAUCAUCAUCAACAUCAUCGACGUUAAAUCAAGAGAUGAUCAUCAUCGAUGACGAGAGUUUAACACUCGAAGAGAUACAAGCAAAUCUAUUUAAUCAUUUUCAAAGUUUAGAUAGAAAUACUUUAAAAGAUAAUGAUAAUGAUAAUGAUAAUGAUAAUGAUAAUGAUAAUGAUAAUCAAGAUAAUAUAAAUAACAAUAGUAAAAAUAAUAAUCGUAGUAGUAGUAGUAAUAAUAACAAUAUAAGUAGUAUAAGUAGCGGUACGAAUGGUAAUGGUCAACCUAGUUUAAAAAUAAAGAUUAACCUUCCAUUUAGAUCAACUUCACCACCGACAUUGUCACCACCACCAACAACUUCAUUAUCUUCAUCACCUACAUUAUCUUCUGCAACUGGUUCUAUAUCAACUGUAAUAGAACAACAACAACAACAACAAAAAAUAGAAAGAGAUAGUAGCAAUGAUCACACAAAGUUUACAGAAGUUAAAGACAAGAUGGUCGAUAUUGGAAGUCGUUUAAAUCAACUGAAAGAUAAUAUGCAAAAUUCGGUAGCCAAAAGAAUAGAUACCAUUGACUCGAUCAACAAAACCAUUCACGAGCUACACAAUAGUUUCGAUUGCAUACUCAGCAAGUCAUCAGAAAACGACGAAAAACUAGAUACCAUUGAAUCUCUACUCUAUGAUAUCCAACAACUACAAAAUAAAACAAUCAACAAUUAG